AAGACGAGGCGGAACCAACGAAAAACGAAGAAGGGGCACCAGGGUAACCAUGGCUAAAGUUGACAGCGGAGUGAAACCACUACAAAAUGCCAUGAAAAUGGCCAAAGUGGCAAUACAGCUGGACGGAGGGAACAGACACAAGGAAGCUUACUGUGAAUACCUCCGGACCAUCAACUACAUAUCACACGCACUUUUGGAGGAAGCUGUUUCACAGAUGGAAAAGGAGAUGGUUUCAGUGGAAGUGGAUCGGAUGUUGACCCUAGCUGAGCAGUGUCUGGAGCGAGCCAAGUCAUUUAUAGGGAAGAGCACCGAGCCCCCCGACCUGUCGGCUUCUGCUUUCUCUUCGGGUUCACCUGGCCUACCUGAGCCCCAUCAGACUGCGGUCGUCCCUGCCUCUCACACUGCAGACACUGUCACUGUACCUGCGGGUGGUGCUUCUGUGGCCACAGACCAUAAAUCCUCGAGUCCCAGAGCGAGCGGUCACAGCAGGCCGUUGUCAGACGAAGCUGAGGAGCCCUCACCUUUCCUGCCUCCCGAAGUCUUCCACAAACUACAAGCAGAAGCGUCGCAGGACACGAGCAAAAAGGAGCUGACACCCAUCGAAGAAGCCUCACGUUUGAACCAGAAGCUAAAAGCUAAUUACGAAGCUCGCCUGGCGAGACUCACACCUGGUCAAGCCUAUCAGAAGACAUCUUUGACACUCUCUCUUCAGCGGCAGAUGAUGGAGAACCUCAUCAUAGCCAAAGCCAGGCAGGAUGCUCUACAGCGGAAGAUGGAGGACAGAAGACUGAGGCUGCAGGAAGAGGCCAACAGGAGAUUUGCAGCAUCUGGGGCAAUGACUCCAGAGGAGCGAGAGCAGCGUAUUCUCUACACCAAUGUUCUGGAAUAUGAACAGGACCAUGAUUGGCCCAAACAGUGGAAAGCCAAAAUGAAGAAGAAUCCUGAUGUCUCGUUAGUGUCAAAUUUAGUCUCCUACCUGCUCAGCCGGUCUGACCACCCAGUUGUGAAGCUGCUGAGGAAACAUCAGUACAGAGUUUACAACCGGCUGUACCCCAUCGUUAGUAAAGGUCUCCCUAAGAGUCCCGCCAUGCCACUGAGACCAUGUCACAGCAUUCACAACCCACUUCAUCCAGACACUCCGAAGAGACCAGUCAGGACAGCAUGUAGUACCCAAAGUGUAAAGAGCUUCAGCACAGACUUGAUUUCUCCCUCACGCUCCCACAACCUCACCCCUAAAUAUGAGGAGGAAGAGGCGGAGGAUCCCAGCGAGCAGGGGACAAUGGACCGGGAGAACUCAUUUGAAGAUCUGGAGCAGUUUGUGACUCAGAUGGAUUGGGUUCCACCCCCCAGCAGCACAGACGACACUGCCUCAGAUUCAGAUUUGGUCUGCGAUUUUUCUGUGCCACUGGAGCGGGAUGAGAGCCACGUCCAGGAGCUGGAGAAGAGAGCGGUUAAAGAACACCUGAAAGCUGUCGUCAAGGACAUUCAUAUUGCAAUCGAUCAGCUUCUGUCUUUGUGUUUGCUGUCCUUUGAGUGCCUAAACACUGCCAGCUUUAAGGACCUGUGUCUCGCCAGCAUUGAGGAAGCCUUCUUCACACCCCUGUGGAGCGCCCUAGUGGCUCUUUUCAGGAAGGUGUACGUAGAAAGGGAGCAGGCCUACGAGACCAGUGUGAAGCUGUACAGCGACGCUUCACCUAGAGAUAUUGGCAUUCCCUUGAAACUCUUUCCACAAAAUACCGGUUCCCCACAAGGUUCCUACCCCUACGGGUCUGCUAUCCAGGAGCUCAAACUUCUCAUUCAUGACCGAUGUCCACAGAGGAAGCUGGAAUGCAUUGUGAGGACGUUACGCCUGAUCUGUGCCUGUGCCGAGGAUUACAGGUGUCUUCAUGAAGGGGACACGACUCCCAAAACAGCGGCCAUUGGUGCAGACGACCUGUUACCCAUCCUGUCCUACGUGGCUCUGCGGUGUCAGUGUCCUCAGCUGGUGUCUGAAUGUGCUGCUUUGGAGGAGUUCAUUCAUGAAGGCUAUUUGAUAGGAGAGGAGGGAUACUGCCUCACCUCCAUGCAGAGUGCUUUGGCCUAUGUUGAGUCUCUGCACACCGGAGUAGCUCAGCUUCCUGUGGGAAAGCUUAUAUGAAAAAGGCUGCUGCACAUCCUUCCGUUCACCCCGUGACCCCUGCUGCAGUACAUAAAGGCUCCAGCUGAACCUGCAGCUCCCUGAAACUGCAUAUGCAUAUUUCUUGCACACAUACAGACGUACGUUACAUUUAACCAAUCAUAAACUGGUGCCGGUGAGCAGUUUCUGACCACAUCAGCGCCUGCUCUGGGACCUGUGCUGUGUUUUCAGACUGGUUGAAAUUGGACUUAUCCAAGGAUUGCUGUGUUUGCUGUCCAGACUUCUUUGGAUACGCCUUUCUCUGCAGAAAGGAUUGAACUACUACUUCUCUCCAUCUCAAAUAUUUUUGACCUUUUCGUGUCUGCGACCUGAGAGCGACACGAUGACUGCCUCUCUGCAGGGACUGACAGGCUGCUCUCCUCCAACUACAGCAACAGAGCUUACACACAGUCUGAGGCAAAUGCUGUAACAGAAAGCAAAUGUUCAUGUGUUAACAUGUUACUGAGAAUAAUUAGCGUGGGCUUCAUUUACUCUCUCCAGCUGAUGAAAGAAAGCAGUUGCUAAUGCUAAUUUCCACCUUUAGUGGCACCAGUUGGACUAAUUGUUGCUCUAUUUGAAUUAUGUAGUUAUUAAAAUGCAGUUUAAUGAGAGCAGUUGCUGUUUGUAGCUCACAUUCCAGUUAUGCAUGAAUGACUUCAACUUCAGAUUUCCUAAGUGCAUCGACUUACCAGUCCCCAGCACAGCUGUAUGUAGGUGUUUCAGCUUCCUCUGCUUUCAGUGGAAGGGCUGAACGAGCAUUUAUCCACGGGAGGCUUGGAGUGAAGUGACGUUUACAUACUGUAAGACGAAUAAAACUGUCGCAUCUCCAUCAAAGAAAAGCCGUGUGAAUGGGGCUUCAAUGAGGAAAAGGGAUAACGUGUCAAAACUCAAUCACAUGAUUCAGGAAAUGAUUAAAAUGUGAAGGAGUUUGAUUUUAAAAGCACUACUGAAGUUUACAGUGUGGCGUGUGGGUGCUUAGACUGAGAUUUGGAAAGUCAUCUGUUCUAGAGAAACCGUUUUUAAAGAAAUGACGCACAUUUAUAAUUUUUGCAUGUUUGUGUGUGUUUUAAGACUGUUAGCAGAAAGAAAUGAGCUCCAGACUGGAUUAAGUUUGAAUUUCUGCACUUUGGGUUUUUGAGGCAUUCAGAGGUGAGGUUGUGUUGGAUGUUCAGAUGGACUCUGUGGGUGAUUGGUGGAAAUGUAGUGGAACAGGAACGAUGAGGAGCGCUGCAGUGUUUAGGUUAGGUUUUUACUAACUGCAGGCACUCGGGUUGCUUUUCUCGUCAUGUGGAUUUGCACACUCUCAUAAUCCAGGUUAUUUCAUAGCGCUUUUUUUUUUUUUUUUUUUUUUUUUUUUUUUUUUUUUUGUAUCUUCAUAAGUUUUAAACCUUAUUUUGACUCAUUCCUCCCUUCACAUCUACACACAUCUCAGUGCAGCUAAUUUGGAUGCAAGUUGUUAAACGCCUCAUCUUUUCUCUGGAAGCUGUUGAGUCUUCAGUGCUGGGAUGAGAAUCAGUUGGGUCAAGUUUCUUUUCUUUAAAUUAAUUUCCUGCAGGUUUGGUGGAAACCGGCAGCUCAGAGUCCCAGAAAUCCUCAGUGCAGGUCAAAUAAUGUGAGCUACACUUCAGCUGUUUGAAUCUUUUCCACUUGAAUUUACUGGUUGUAUCUUUUUUUGUUUCUUUUUUGUAUCCAUCCAAAAGAUGUGAAAAGAGCUUUUUUUUUUUUUUUUUUUGAAUUUACUACUGCCUACAAUUUCUGACAAUUACAUAAAAAGAGUUGCCUCUGUAACGUUUACAUAAUUAAUAAAAAUGUCAUAAUGUGUUUUGUAAAGACAAUUAAGGCGUCGAUUUAAUGUAAAUGAUUUAUUGUCCAAUGAGUCGCGGUUUUAUUGAACUGCUGUACUGUGAAACUUUAAGAAUGAUGAAUGUGUUGGACAAAUUAGACAAUAAAGAGAAGAAAUGUUGA